CAUGGACACUCUGAAAGUUGUGAACUGACAGAAAUUUACACACAUUUGCAGAAUAUAUUGGGUCUUCUUAGAUCGAUGUAUGUGCUGGUCACACUGGAAGAAGAUGCUGCAUUUCUUCGAUAUGGAUACUUAUCAACAGACAAUGCUGCUGCUGUGAGAAAAGAAGUCGCCAAACUUUGCAGUGAAAUCAGACCACAAGCACUUGCUUUGGUUAGUACUUUUGGUAUACCAGAUGCUUUCUUGAGUCCUAUUGCCUUUGAUUGGGUUGCUGCAAAUUCUUGGUCCACUGUUGAGAACUAGCUUUAACAGCCUCUUCGCGCUAGUAUUCCUGUGAAAUCAGACUGGUGAAGAUUUUGAAUCUGCUGGAGAAAGUUAGAUAGGGAAUAAUGCUUGAAUUCGAAGGGAAGAGCUGGAGAGUUCAUAAGCCCUGAAAAUUGAGUUGAAAACUAGUCUGCUCAAAUUUUAUGUGGUUGUGUUUUGUUUUUCUUGUACGUUGCAAUAAGUUGGUUUAGAUGUUGCGAGUACUACCUUCUUGUAACCAAAACACGUAAUUCUAUUUGGUUGUGUAAAACGGUUGUUCAAAUAAAAAUUAUUUAAUAGCGCAUCUGAGCUCGACCCUUAGUUGAGUUGACACGAA